CCUUUCCAACCCUGUAAAGAGCAGCAGCUUCCCUUUCAUCCAGGAACAGGAUUCUUCCCUUCUGACCCAGACAACAGACUCAGUGUGCGCUUUCCGCCAGGUUGUACUGAAAGGGAAAGCGUGUCCUUUUCACUGUUAUGGUGUUUCUCCAAUGAGCACAUCUCUCUUUUGGGAGUCUGUUAUAGGCAAUAGUGGAUUUUCUAGAGAGGAAGACUAUUAAAAAAUGGCAGGGAGAAAAGUACUAAUAAUUUAUGCACAUCAAGAGCCCAAAUCUCUAAAUGGAUCCUUAAAGAAUCUUGCAGUAGAAGAAUUGAGCAAACAGGGCUGCAACAUCACCACAUCAGAUCUGUACGCAAUGCAAUUUGAGCCACGAGCAACAAGAAAUGAUAUAAUUGGCUGUCUGCACAACUCAGAACACUUUGAUUAUGGAGUGGAAUCAUGGGAAGCUUACAAGAGAAGAUGCUUGGCUAGUGAUUUGAUUGAGGAACAGAGGAAGGUUCAAGCUGCUGAUUUAGUGAUUUUUCAGUUUCCCUUGUAUUGGUUCAGCAUGCCUGCCAUCAUGAAGGGCUGGAUAGACAGAGUCUUGGUCCAAGGAUUUGCUCACAAUUUCCCACAGUGUUAUGAUGAUGGCUUACUCAAGAAUAAACUAGCCCUACUUUCAUUUACCACUGGAGGAGAUGAAGAAAUGUUUUCAAAAGGAGGGGUCAGUGGUGACAUUCGCUAUCUCCUGUGGCCCAUCCAGCAUGGUAUAAUGCACUUCUGUGGUUUCAAAGUCCUUGCUCCUCAGAUCUGCUUUGCUCCCAAGUACGUGACAGAAGAGAAAAGAAAGGAGAUGCUGACCUCCUGGGCACAGCGACUGAAGACUAUCUGGGAGGAAAAGCCUAUAAACUGCACUCCUGAGUUGUAUUUUAAGUAAUGUUCAGGCACAACACUAGAGAGAGAUGGGGGCGGGGAAGUUGCAGGAAUUGUCUCAGUUGUAUCUUUUCUCUUUCCUUCAUGCUGUACCUUACCAUGUAUGGGGGGGGGGGGGGGGGGAGGGAAGUCACAAUGCAUAAUGUCAGUCUCAUAAACUUGCUGGAUUGUAUUACACCUAAAGACAGCCAAUUGGUAAUAGCUCAGUUAGCAAUAUGGCCUCGAUCUUCCUGUCUUCUUAGGAGUACAGUGUAAUGAUGAGUGGUGCAGCUCCUUGCUGUGUGGGACAUGGCUCCCUAACUAGUAAAUAUUAGUGCCUAGUAUACAAUCAGGUUGUUUUUUUUUGUUUUUUUUUAGAAUAGUGCCUGUUCAUACAAGGAUAGGAUUGAAUCACAGAUAAUGGCUAUUGCCCUAAGACACAGGUGACCUGCAAAACACCUGAAAGAUAUUGCCAGAUUUACUUCAACACUUUUGUGCACCAGCUGCCAUUUUUGUUAAAUUGACCUGGAAAUAUCCUGUGAUAAAUAAGAUUUGUCACAGCCAGUUAUCAGUCAACUCUGAUCUCUUAAGCAAGUUUUGUCUACAUUUGAAUUAUUGUACAGUUUGAGUAUAUAGGAUAUGCAGUAAUUUAGGUUACAUGAGAACUAUAGCCAGCCUUAACCUUCAAUACCAAAACAGAUCUAUGUGUCGGUUCCUAAAUUCCUAAGAUUAUUUACAACUGAACUAUAGUAAAGCAGCUUUAAGACAGUUUCAGAUGCCAAUAAAGGAAGCAAAUUCAAAGUGAAGUAUGAAUAUACAACACUGGUGCCUUCACCAUUGCAUUGUUCUGUGUGUACACAAGGAAGGGUACGUGAAGCCCCCUGCCAUUUUUGCCUCCUCAUACAUUUUAAUGGAUACUUUUUUCUGAGUUCAAGGACUGAUCCCCACUUACGCUGCCACUAGCUACCCCAUUAGGAAGAGAGAGGAAUCAAGGGCAAUUGCUGUGGCCCCUCACACUAAUCAGCAGAGCUAUUCAGCCCUGGAGUUGAAUGCCUGAUGUACCUUCCCCUAAAUACUAUAGCAGCAAAUGUGCUUCUCCGGGGGACUCUGGCACUGUGGCUGGCUUGGUGAGGCACAUUGCCCACUACAUCUGCCGUGGCCACUGUCCCAGUGUGGGUCAAUGCCUAAUAGGAUACACCAGUAGGUGUGGGUUGGCUCUUAAUGUUUGGGAAUUUUGCCAUGGACUUCAGUGGGAUAAUUUGGCUCUGGAAAGUAACUGAUGAUUUUUUUGUGGUAGAUAUAUGGUAUGUUUCAUGCUUAAUUGUGUAUUUCCUGGCUCUGAUCAGUCGCUGUCACAACCUUAACAUACUGUUAAACGUACUAUUAUGCUUCUUUGUGAAUGUUUACCCGUUGUAUGCAAGAUGUAGAUACCAGAUUACAAUGUUUCCAGUCACCUAAAUUCAUGUUCAGACUGAAGAAGGUGGACAUAGUAAGAUACAAAUGCAGUUGCUGUCCAUGCAUAUUUACUUUUUCAGAAUAAAAAUCCUCAGUUUGUUUGGA